AUGGCUCCCGACUUGAGCGCUAUUUCCAACUCUACUAUGGCACGACCUCGUGCAGCAACAACGGCACCCGCUAUGGCAUCGCAGUCCCCAACACCCCAGCAACCAGUACAUGGCCCUCAUACUUCCGCAGCACUCCCGCCCCAAGGAAGUCCACCUCUCGGAACGGGGGAUUAUGGCAUCACAAGUACCGCUCAGGGGCCAUUGCGUCACCCUCAGCCGCUGACGCCUUCGGAUCUUCAUCUAGUGCUUGAGAAAGAGCAAGAAGCGAUGAAAUUCCCCCAGGUGAAUCGAUUAACCCGUGAGCUAUCUAUUCUCCGCCAACAGACAGCAUCCGUGGCAUCGACAGCGUCCUCCACAUCGACAUUUAACGAGGCAGAUGGUACACGGGCAUCACCCACCCUCAGUAGCUCAAUCCCGUCUCACUCCGCUCGACGGAACCGGUCGAAUUCCAGUCUCAGUUCGCAUACUUCAGCAAACCAGGGCCAGCAGUCCGCAAGUGUUACUGGAAUCGCUCCCUCACGAGAAAUACCGUAUCGCCCGGCAGACCAUUCUCGAACGGUUCGCAGUCGCGAGCCAUCCCUCACAUCUCGCCGACCCUCCAUCGGGUCUCUAUCCUCAUUCUCCCACAAUAACAGCAACAUAUACCCACACCGGAACUCGGUAUCACAGUCCCAGCUAGGCCAUUCACCCGGAGGCUCGCUGUCGCGGUUUGAGGAGGCCACACAUCACAGGUUGGAAGUGGAAUACAUGAAACGGGAGAACGAACAGCUCAGGAGGCGAGUGCGCGAUCUGGAGCGGACUUUAAAGAGGCAAAAGGAUGAUUCUGCAAGUGAGGCUUCUGCAACACCGUCUGAAAGAAUCAUUGAUGCCUGA